UUUGUUUUCAGGUUUACAUUUUGAGUGCAAUGUCUUCAUCGGAAGUGCCGUUAGAUCUGAGCAAUGAAUCCAAAGAGAAGACUUUGAAUCCAAUCAAAUUGACUAUUCAUUCAAAUGUAAUAAAUGGCGAGAAAAUUACUAAAUCAAAGCGAAAGUCACAAAAUGUGAGACACAUUUUGCACAAAACUUGCGAACCGAUGGCAAAGAAACCUAAAUUGGUUAACAGUAGAGACACUUCCAGCGCUCAAGACGUCAACCCCUUGCAGAGAGGGAAGUAUGGACUCAGACUAUUGCCCACACAAGUCGACUACUAUCAGUCAGUUUUAGAGGACAGACGCGUUCGGGGAUUUCGCGAGACCUCUCGACCCGAGAGACUCGUCUCUUCGGAAACUAUCAAAACUGAGCCUAAAGUUGAGGCGAAACGUAAGCCUAAAUCGAGUCCAACGGUUGGUAAAUAUGAGUUUGAAAUCGGAGACAUUGUUUGGGGAACUCUUGCAAACUAUAAGACUUGGUUUCCGGCUCUUAUCAUAUCUCACUUGCAUUGUAAGCAAAAAGCGGCCAAAAAGGGUCAGACGUGGGUGUAUUGGUUCGGUGACCAUCAGGUCUCAGAGAUACAC